AUGAUCCGCCAUCUACGAAAAGCCCAUACCAUGGCCAAAACAUACAGUGAUGCGGUGAAUGCGCUGAACACGCUGCAGUCGAACUUCGCCACGAUCGACGCGAUCCGCAAGAGUGGCGGCAAGGCCAACAACCAGGCGAUUCCAGAGAUGCUGGAGUGGGCUCGACGAUGUGGAUACCAGCCCUCGGACUUCAACAAACUCAACAUUAUCCACGUCACGGGCACCAAGGGCAAGGGCUCGACUUGUGCGUUUGUCCAAGGCAUGCUCAACCAGCUCAAGGGCGCUCCUUCGUGUGACAAAAUCUCCAAGAUCGGUCUCUACACCUCUCCGCAUCUCAAGAGCGUCCGGGAACGUAUCUGUAUCGAUGGAGCUCCAAUUUCCGAGGAGAAGUUUGCCAAAUACUUCUUUGAGCUGUGGGACCGCCUUUCCGGCUCGCAAUCUGAUACAAGCGAGUUCCCCACCUUUGGACAGGACAUCAAACCUGUCUACUUCCGAUACCUGACUCUACUGUCCUUCCACGUCUUUUUGCAGGAGGGAGUAGAUACUGCAAUCUACGAGGUCGGAGUGGGAGGUGAAUACGACUCUACUAACAUUAUUGAAAAGCCCACCGUCACCGGAGUGUCGCCUCUGGGCAUUGACCAUACGUUUAUGCUGGGCAACGCCAUUGAGGAGAUUGCGUGGAACAAGGGCGGUAUUUUCAAGCCGGGGGCCAAGGCCUUUUCUGUGGCUCAGCCCGAGUCGGCUCUCAAGGUGCUCAAAGAGCGAGCUGCCGAGAGAAACGCUCCUUUUGAAGAGGUGACUACUAGACCUGAGAUUGCUUCUGGAGAAAUCAAACUGGGUCUGCCUGCCGAGUUUCAGAAGAUUAACGCCUCUCUGGCUGUCGCCCUUGUUGGCGAGCACGUCCGAGUGCUGACCGAGGACAAGGGAGUGAUUCCCAAGGGCUCUACUCUCCCCAAAGAGUAUAUCACCGGUCUGGCCGAGUCCAAGUGGGCCGGACGAUGCCAGACUAUCCAGCAGGGCAACAUCCGAUGGCUUCUGGACGGUGCACACACCAAGGAGAGUGUCACUGUAGCCGGCGAAUGGCUUCAGGAUGUCAAGAAGAGCUCGGAGAAGAAGGCUAAGACUAUCCUAUUUUUCAACCAGCAGACCAGAGAUGCCAAUGCUCUGCUGGGAACUCUGCAUGCCAACCUUGGAGACGUCAAGAUUGACGAGGCGUUGUUCUCUACAAAUGUGACCUGGGCUUCGGGAACUUAUUCUGCUGAUUUGACCUCUCUCAACACCUCUGCCGAGGCCGUGGACAAGCUGGAGGUGCAGAAGGAGCUGGCGAAGGUUUGGGAAAGUCUUGACGGAGGAAAGAGCACUGUUUUCGCCACUAUUGAGGAGGCAGUUAACACUGUUAAGAAGGAGGCCGAGGAUGGUCCCGUGGAUGUCUUUGUUGUGGGUUCUCUUCAUUUGAUCGGAGGUGUUCUCACGGUUAUCGAAUAA